AUGAGCGCUGUGAAGACAAAUGGUCACCAGACGGUGCUCAUCUCGAGGGAUGACCUUUCCUGUCUAAUUUGUAGACAUAUUCUCAGUCAGCCAGUGGUGCUCACUUGCAGACACAGAUUCUGCAAAGCCCGUCUAAAAGACAGCUGGAGACACAAGGAGGGUGGCGAUUCACACAGCUGUCCUCUGUGCUGGCGCCGUUCCUCCAUGGAUCACAUCGUGGUGAGCACUGUGCUGGAGAAGUCCUGUGAAUCCUUCGAGAUGGACAUGCGCAAGAAUGACCCAGAGGCUUGUCAGGAGCACGGGGAAAAGCUAACAUUGUUCUGCUUGGAGGACUUGGAGCCCAUCUGUGGUUUAUGUGGAAAGGCAGCUGCACACACUGGCCACAGGCUCUAUCCCAUUCGGGAAGGUGCUCAUGACUGUAAGGAGGAACUGAAGAAUGCGCUGCUGCCUUUAAAAGAGAAGUUGCAACUGUACAAGAAGUCGAAAAUGGCCUGUGAGGAAAUGGCAGAACAUGUCAAGAACCAGGCUAAACAUACCGAAACACAGAUCAGAGACGAAUUUGAAGCCCUUCACCUUUUCCUGAAGGAGCAGGAGGCUGCCAGACUUUCAGCUUUAAAGGCCGAAGAGGAUCAGAAGAAUCUAAUGGUUAACCAGAGGUUUGAGGAGAUGGACAACGAAAUUGCGUCGCUCUCAAACACCAUCAGAUUAGUGGAACAGGAGAUGAAAUCUCAAGAUAUCCCAUUUCUUAAGAAUUACAAGGAAACAAUAAGGAGAACUUGGCGAACUUCUAUUGAUCCACAAAUGGCUGCUGGUGCUCUGAUCGAUGUGGCCAAUCACUUGGGCUGUCUGAAAUAUAAAGUGUGGGAGAAGAUGAAGAGCAUAAUUAAAUACAAUCCUGUGAUUCUGGAUCCAAAUACAGCAGCUAGCUGCUUCAUCCUCUCGGAGAACCUCACCGUCGUGCAGAACUCUACCCAGAUUUUCAAGCUGCCAGACAACCCGGAGCGCUUUGACAUAAGCGCCGAGAUGCUGGCUGCUGAGGGCUACACCUCUGGACGCCACAGCUGGGAUGUGGAGGUAAAGGACAACACCUACUGGGUGGUGGGAGUAGCCAGCGACUCCAUCAACAGGAAGGGCAAGCACGUACUGACACCGGCAGAGGGAUUCUGGACGGUACGGUUUCGCAACAGAGAGCACAAGGCCUGCACAGCACCGUGGGAGCCUCUGAACAUGACUAAGACGCCAGAAGUGAUCAGAGUAGUUUUAGACAUGGACCGAGGGAAGGUGACCUUUUACGACCCUAGAGAGAGAACGGCUCUCUACGCCUUCACAGAUGUCGUCACACCGAGAGCCUUUCCCUACUUUUGCUCUGCCUGCAAAGAGCACCCGCUGAAAAUCCUGCCCACGAGGAUAUCCGUGUCAGUGGACUAA